AUGUCCACAGCCGCCCCUCGCCCUGGGGAUCGUCCCGCCCUGGGCGACUCUUGGGUUGUCGCGUCCUCAUACAUCCCGAAAGAUGAGCGCCCACGAUCAUCCCAAUCAAGCCCCGAUUGCAAACGAAGUACGGCCACAGACUCCAUGACAACCUCCGCCUCCUCCUUGUCCGGCCCAGAGCUCAUCAUGCCCUCUAUCUACGAAGCCCCCAUCUCCGAAGCCUCCUGGGUGAGUCCCACGGUCAGGAAGCGACACACAUCGCGCGAGUCCACGUCGCAAAAGCCCAGAGCUCCCGCGACACAGAAACGGCCUACACCAAAGACGCCCGAGUUCGACGACCGGCCCAAGCCCACUCCCAAUACUCUCCCGCUCUCCAACCUGGCCGAAAGGUCCCUCCGCACCUUGAUCAAUCUCGUCCUCCUCGCCGCGAUCGCACACCUCCUCGUCCUCCCUGAACUGGUCCAACAGUACCAGACCCUCUGCGCCAUCGACGCCCUCUCUACCCUCUACCCAACCAGCUGCAUCCCCCCCGUGCCGUCUGCGCACGACGCUCUGCACAGCAAACCCGCAUCGCCACGCCACAACACCGUCUUCUCCGCCCAAACGCAGCUCGAAUCCCUGCUCAACGCCGCCCUCCAGGAAAUGCAGCCCCUCGCCCACGCGCUCAAACACAGCGAAUCUCGCCUCCGCGAUCUCCAGACUGACCUCCACCACCGCGCCCCCGCCGUCCCCCACCACGAGCUGGACCUCGAAUUCGACGGCUGCUGGCAGGCCACGCGCGCGGCGACCCGCAAAUUCGACUCGCUGCGUGCCGACAUCCGCGCCGCCGUCGACAACCUCGUCGUCACCGCCCCUGCCCCCGCCGGUGACGACCACUCCGUCGCGCAGGACGCCCGGCUGUCCACGCAGAUGCGCCGCCGCGAGCAGUACCUCGAGCAGCUGACGGCGCGCAUGCAGUCCAAGGCCGACGCGCUGGGCGCCGACCUGGCGCGACUGGAGGACCAUCUCGAUUCGAUUGCGGGCGUGCUCGAGCGGCAUUCCUCGGGGCCUUUUGGCUCCGCUGGCGGGGCGCGACAUCCCGAGGGCGAGGCCCGCGCCGGGCGGGGAUGGUGGAGAGUGGUCGAGGAGUUUGUUCCGGGGGCGUUGUCUGCGGAGCGUGCGUCCGCCAGUCCGCCGAUUAUGAGGGUCUUCCAGCAUGCCGCGGCGCAACAUCGCCCCGUCGCGGAUGCCGUGCGAAGCCUAUCUUAUCGGCUGCAAGCUCUGCAAGGGAGGCGAGGAAUGUAG